UUUGAGGUUGUCGAGGGUCACUCGGCUCGUUACCUGUUGCAACAUGGCGAAGAAGGCACGGAAGGAAACGAGCUCAGAGUAUGACGAGUCGUCGGGCUCGUCGGGCGAGGCCGGAGGGUGCGAAGAGGUGGAGAAGGGCAAGGGCGGCAAGGGCAAGAGCAGCAAGGGCAAGGGCAAGGGCAAGGGCAAGGGCAAGGACAAGGGAAAGAGCAAGACGGGCAAGAGCAAGAAGGGCAAGGGCAAGGGCAAGACUGAGGCCGGUGCCGGCGGUGCAGCAGGCUCAGUCUCGUCGGGCAAGAGCAAGUCCAAGGCCAAGAUGCGGAAGAAGCGCAAGGCUGUGGUGGCAACCAUGCUGGCGGAGAACCGGGCGCUAAUGGACAGCAUCCUCAACUUGGCGGACCUCGCCGACGACGACCUCUUCCUUCAGGAGCGCAUCCGUCGGGCGGCAACGCUCUUCCAGACCUUUAUUGACCGUGAGGGCUCACGGCUCUCCAUCGAGUGGCUCUCGCAGGUCAAGGCCAUGCUCGCAGCCUCACAGGAGGUCAUCCAGGGCUCACUAGCGGCCUACUUUUUCGACAUGCCUGCCGAGCAGUAUCACAAGGCUCACUACGCCCUCGACGAGAUCCUGCUCCGCAUGGCCGUGACCGCCUUUGCCCGCGCCGAUGCCGCCCUUGCUGACGACGAUGACUCGUGAGCGAAGAGCGAAGAGGCAAUGAAUGUGAGCGUGUAACAAAGCAGUGUGUGACCCCC